CAUUCUUGUUGUUCAGAACAUUUGUUAUGCCAUUUUUACUUUGUCUGUUUACCUAGUGAGACAUUUGUACUUCUUGAGAAUAUUACUGAUAAGGUAUUACUACAUUUUGUAUUUUUUCCAGGCCAAACUUUUAAAAAGAUCUGAAAUGACUAAGUUCUAAAGUUAGGUAAAUAAAAUUCAGGGUCUUUUCUGCAAAACAUUUUCAUUAGCAUGACCACACUCUGACGUGCGGAAGAUAAUGGAGCCUGAGAGAACUUAUGAGAGGUUGGAACUUGCUGGGGAAGAUACUUACUACCGUAUAAAUCCUUAUCAGUGUGAGACUUUCAGAGAAAAAAAGCCUUUGCCACCAAGAGGAACAGAGGGUGCAAAGAAGCCAAAGCCAUGGACCAAAAUAGUGCUUUUCCUCUUCUGUUGCUUCCAGCUGGUCACAACCACAGCUGUGAUUAUCUUAUAUAUGAAGUUGGCAGCGCAGUUUGGGGAGUUAACCAAAAGGCUCACCUUGCUGGGUAACAACCACUCAAGGCUGAGUUCGGAUCAGGAGCAAAUGCAGCUGGAGCUCAUGGAAGCAAAACAAGAGAUCGCCGUUGCGACUGGCAAUCAGACAGGGAUUCAAAGUCAGCUUAUAAAAGAGGUUCAGCAGCUGACGUAUAAUCAGGAAAACUUUCAAAGUCAACUUGAGCAACUUCAAAAACUGACUAAAAAUCAGACAAGCCUGCACAGUCAACUUGAGGACAUGGUCCAAGGAUUGUUUGACAAUCAGACAAGCCUUCAGUAUGACUUAGAUGGGGUCAAAGCCCUGCACAGUAAUAAGACAAGCUUUAUCUGUCAGCUUGAAUUCAAUGAGACAAUAGCUCAGUGUCAGCUGGAAGAGAAAAUCAGAGCGCUUAAUGACCCUCUUACACAAAUAGGCAAUCAAGGACAGAAUGUCACUAAUCUAACAAUGGUGAUAAAUCUGCUUCACAAAGACAUUGACGACCUCAGAAGUGACCUCAGUGCCUUGAACAGAGCUCAAACUGAAGUAUCCCAGAAUCUGGUUUCUGUAAAAGGAAAGCACUUUGACUGCUGCCCUGCGGCCUGGGAGCUGUUUAGACACAGCUGUUACUUCUUCUCCAACAACAUAUCAGACUGGCAGGGAAGCAGAGAGCUUUGCAAAGCCAUGAAGGCUGACUUGGUUGUGAUUAACUGUGAACAGGAGAAGGAAUUCUUGCAAACAAAAGCAGUGAAGAUAAAUAAAACAUUAAACAGCUCAGAGUAUUACUGGAUUAGAAAGGCAGAUGGUCUGGAUGAAGGAGACUGCCACAGCACAAAUGGGACAUCUUGCAGCUGCAAUACCAGCUUCUGGCCUGAACUCAAGGCUGACAAUCAGACACAACUAAGUUCUGGACUGGAUGACGACUGUGUUGCAAUGACAGUGAAUGAGGGAUGUAACAAUACUAGAUGUACUGACCAUCACACUUGGAUCUGUGAGAGACAGGCUGAUAUCUGCAUAACAUAGUAAUAGCUUACCAGUGGCAAUGACUUUGGUUUUAGGCACCAGCGUGUGCAAACUCCCAUGUCUCAGGGAAGGCUGUCAGACUGAACUGGCAAGAUAUUUCUUCACGAGAGCGUCUGAAGUGGGUCCAGCUAACAGACUUAUCCAUGCAUGAUGCUCUACACUUGAUGUAAAAAAUGUCACGCCUGCACCUAUUGUAGUCACUCUAACAUGGAACAUUCCAGCAUUCCCUUACUCUGAGUAAGGUGUAUGCUCAUUGUCCGAUUCUCCAGCUCUGCAUGAGAGGUUGUGCAAUCCAGAUCUCCACCAAAUAGUUAUUAAUGUAAAGUAUUGGCAAACUCUGUGCAAAGGGAAGUUGGUUAAGUCCUUUUCUGGAUGCUUUACAUCAAAAUGCAGCUAAAUUAGCCUCCUUCAUAUUAGAUCUGCAUAUUAUGGCCACAACAAAGGGUGUAGCCAAGCAUAUGCCAUGCAUGCCACAGUAUACACAUUUUUUGGUAUAAAUUAAUUAUUUUGUGCUGUCAGUUGUGAAAGAAUUUGUAGUUUAAAAACCUGUGGUGUGUUAACUAUGCUUUUAUUUUAUUAAGUUAUAGAUUUUAUUAAAUGACUUUUUUUUCAGAAUGCCUGUCUGGAUAGCAAGUUCUUUGCCUGUCAUUUCAGGAGUUUUUUAGUAUUGUAAAUGUAUACUGUCUACAAACAAGCACAGUCUGGGGAUGGGGGGGGCACAUAAUUAAAUGGGUUACAGUCUAGAAACUGAUCUACAGUUCCAAAAGUAUUGGGUACACCUGCUGCAUACACCUGAAGUUGAUGCAUAACUUGACAGAUGUUGUUACUGUUAGUGCCAAGUAGAAAGCUUCGUACCACCUGUGAGACAGAAUCAGAAGAUGUCCAGAGGUGACAUUAUUAUUCAGAAGAAUGCUCAAAGAGUAAGCAGGUAUAAUGUUGUCUGACAUAAGACAGAAAGGUACAUGAUGAAGGAUCAGGAGUUGAAGCUUAAGGUAACCAAGCCUAGUCCCUCAUCCACAAUCACAGGAAAACUCACAAUAAACGUUUCCCUUCUCACUUGCUACUUUGUUUUCUUCUUAUUAUUUUUUUAUAAAAAUUCUUCACGACUGAUUGUUUACCUUCUAGACCUUCUGACCUGUGAGAGACACCUGGCAGUGAGCACAGAGCAUUAGGGCUGAGCUAUUAACAAACUGCUUUCUGUAGUCCAAAGUUUGGUUCCGUCAGCCUUCAUUUACCUGCUGUGUGACACUAAUGAAAUUGUGUCACCAGACAGUACUUUGUAGAAAUGGGGCUUGGCUCUUUAGUGGUCUCCAUCAUCACAUGCCUAGUAACAGCGCAUGAUCCUGUGCCAGAAGGUGUGUCCUUUACAACAUGUGCUACUGGGACUGAAUCCUGGGUCAGUGUUGGAACUAAUAUCACUUCUCACCUUCCUCAGAGAGAAUAUUAAUGGCAAUGGUUCAGGUUUUAAGAAGCAUUUUCUUAAUGUCAAAUAUGAAAUCUAUCUUGUUUCCCAGAAGCCUUCUUCCCAGGCCAUGUUUUCUGUGUGACAGCUUCAUGCUCACUGGUAUGACAUUAGGAUUUCUGAACAGCAAGCCUUCAUUCUAGGCCUGCUAUUGGUUCGCCAAAUGUUAUUCCACUGGUAACCAAGCAUAAAAACAUGCAUUUAGUAGGGGAAUACCAACUGGAUUCUCUUUGUGUGGAUGAAAUGCAACUCAAGGAACACUAACUACUUGGAUUACAGCUCCCUGAAAGUAUUUUCCACUGAAUAGGACAGCAAGAGUACAGUGUUUCUUCCUUUCUGGAUAUUUCUGUUGCCCCUGCAGAUGUAUAAUCAUUGCAUUUGCAUAUAUAGGUAAGGGAGUUUGAGGGGCAGAGUCUCCUAUAUGAAGGAUGCUUCAUGCAAAAACAUUGACUAUGUGUCAUCACGUUAACUAGUGAAUCAGUUUUGACUGCAGGUUUAGGAGUUAGGGCUUUGUAGGGUAACUGACUAAACAUUCUUAUGAAGUACACUACAACAGACAACUAUAUGCCAAAACAAUAUGAAAUGCCAAACACCAGGUGUUCUUUCAUCCUUAUAUGUUUCUUUACUAGUGCAGACAUCCUACAUCAGUGAGAAAAGCACAGGUCUAGUACGUUCCAACUCAGCUUGUGUGUAUUUGCAAGGCUUGUCUAUUGGCUUAAGCCUCAGUUCUCUGUGUAUUUCCCCUCCUGCAUACACUAAUCAUGGAGUCCAAGGUCUCACUGAAUGUAUUCCAGGAAAAAGAACUUCUCUCUUCUAUCAUAAGCGAUAGAGAGGUUUCAGUCAAGCCAUCCUUAGAACUUCUGUUAAGAAAUUCCAUUUAGGCUUACUACAAACAUUCAGAUUAACAUUCCUCCAUUACUAAGUUGGCAAAUCAUAUGUAUAAAGCCAGUCUGGCUUUUCACAUAUCAACUGUGACGAGUCAUAAAGUUGCUUCCUUUACUGUUUUUUCAGUUAAAUUAAAAAAAAAACUCCCAAGCAUAAGUCACAUAUAAACACACAUGCAUAGUUCUUACUCACUAAUGUUUGGAAUCAGAAUAAGCUGAUUUUUUUUCUGUACCUGGGGUUUUAACCCUGUCCCUAGACUGAUUCAGCCAUGGAAGUUUAUUAUAUAAAGUAGUGGGGUUGGGGACACCCCCCAUAUUGACAUAAACAGCACCCUCUGCAAUGAUAUUUCAAAACAAUUUGAAUGAGUUGUGAUUUCAACCACUCAUACAUACAUGCAUACACACAUACAUAAUAAUGAACAAUGACAGGAGGGGGCGAUAAAAACAUCUAUCUGAGCUGAACUGUAGCUAUCUACCUCAAUUGUACCAACAUCAUCAAGCAAUAACAGGUGAGCAAUUACAUAUUUUAAUACUAGCAAAUCAGUUUGCAGACUAUCAUAUGCAUAACCAACAAGCACACUGUUACCAAAAGUAAGAAUCAAACCCUGUUCCUUGUGUCUGUGAGGUAAACACCUUAAGCAUCAUACACUCUGAUUAGGGACAAUGAACAUAAAGUCCUUAUUUGCCAUUCUUCCAUCCUCACCCAGGUGUGGCUAGACGUCUGGGAGUUUGUACCUGUUAAAACAGCUAUACACAGACAUGCACACAAGCAGAGGCAGAAAUGCUAAUGCUAUAUUAAAACAUUUCACUGGGAAUGUGUUCUACUGGAAGGUCACCUAAUCUGAAUGCAGUUAAGGGCUGCUUACGCUGGAGAUGCACUAACUCAUGAGCAGAAUAUAACAGCAUUGGCCUACCAGGUGUGGUUCCCACAGGUGACAGGUGUUGGGAUCUUUACACUUACUGAUGAAUAAUCACAGUUAAUGUGCCAUUUCAGAAGAUCGUGUUUUAUAACAGUGGCUGUAAUAAGGUCUUAUGUGUAAUGGAUAUUGACAUAAUUUCUUCUAAUACACCAAAUUGUUCUAAAAACCUGGAUACCUUUAGUUUCAAAUAGUACCUUUAAAAACAACAAAGCUAAUCCGUAGGAGCAACAAACCUCCACAAAUGAAUAAAUAAUGUCCCCUUAUAAGACUGCAGGCCAUGUUGAGCAUGUGACACUGUUUCUUUUAGAUGUUUUCCCUGUGUCUUCUCAUCUCCCUUUUAGCUUUUGUGCAAUAUUUUACCUAAUGUGGGACAUUGUAUAUAUUGAUUAUUGUCCUUUGUAACAUGUUUUACAUUUGUUAUUAUAUUUCUAGUUUUUAAUUUUGUUAAUUGUUUUUUUGUUUGUACUGUUUAUGUCUAAUGAGGUUUUAUAAAUAAAUUACAUAUAUCACUGGUGAAAUUCAGCAAUAUCAGAUAAACAGAUUGAACUGAAUAAAUGAACAGGCUAACUGGA